GGUUAGGGUUAGGGUUAGGGUUUUGUUUCAAUUUCAGAUGCUCCUGUGACGAUACCCGUUAUAUCGAGUGCUUAUGUCGUUCCAAUUUCUGAAAUAUUUUCAAUUGUGUGGAACUGAAGAGACAUCUGAGGAGCUCAUCUCAUAAUCCCUCUUCUUCUUCUUCAUUUAUUUUUUUUUUUUAACGUUAUCACAGUGUGCCACUGCUCGAAAACGUUUGAAAACGUUUCUGAGUUGCUUGAUUUGAUUCUCUAAAUUUCACCUCGGUCUUCCUUUGAAAUGCUGUUUCAGGGAGGUUUUCUGCCAUGAAGCAACAUUUUGAUUUCUCUUUUCUUUGGAGUUUUUCUCUUUAGAUUGAUUGCGAUCAUCCUCAGUCUCUUCUGCUUUUCGAAAGAAAAAAAUCUGAUUUUUUUUUCAGAGUCAGGAAAAUCCUUCCAGAAUGCUUUCCAUUGGUGCUGGUGGUGAUUUUCUGAGUGGAUAAACCAUGGGAAAAGCUUGAGAUUUAUACUGUUGGAUGGAUCAUUUACCAAAAAUCAGUUUCUGAAAGCAGGUUGUUUCCAAAACAAAAUAUAGUUUUGAGAACUAAAAACUGAAAAAACAGAUUUUUCUCGAGCUUGAGAUGGGAGGGAUCAUUUGCCUUAAUGAUUUUUUGGGAACAUGAGAAUGCCAUUCCACUUCGAACGCGUCAUUCCUCGGUUCCUAUAAAUUGAGGGAUGGGAAGACUAUUGUUUGACUUUCAAUAUUCAAGCAAUCCUGAUUUGACACGUAUUUGCAACUUUCUUUAGGGGGUAAUUUGGUCUAGGUCGUACCACCAGACGUGUGGAAUAAAUUCUAAACCUGAGCCCCCGUCCCAUACGAUAAUUUGAUAAUUUCGUUAAGGUCGUAAAUUCUAAACCUAAGCCCCCGUCGCACACGCUACUUCGCGUACAUCUGGGUGCACGUGCAAGUGUGCAACAGCAACCAGAAUGUGCCACGUUCCAAACCCAGAGCUAUAAAUUUUCCCUUCGUUCGUCCCAUUCCGGAGAGAAUUUUGGAGUCUCAGUCGCUUUGAGCCUUACGAAAGGAUAGAGAGAGUCGAGAUGAGGCUGUUGAAAGUGGCCACAUGCAACCUAAAUCAAUGGGCGAUGGAUUUUGAUGGUAAUUUGAAGAACAUUAAGGAGUCUAUUUGUAGGGCUAAGGAGGCUGGGGCAGUGAUUAGACUUGGUCCUGAGCUCGAGGUUACGGGCUAUGGUUGCGAGGACCAUUUCCUGGAACUGGACACCAUUACUCAUGCAUGGGAAUGUUUAAAAGAGAUUUUAGUUGGUGAUUGGACUGAUGGCAUAUUCUGCAGCAUUGGUAUGCCUGUCAUCAAAGAAUCGGCACGUUACAACUGUCAAGUUUUAUGUUUAAACAGAAAAAUUGUCAUGAUACGCCCAAAGAUGUGGCUUGCAAACAAUGGCAAUUACAGGGAACUCCGAUGGUUCACAACAUGGAAGCAAAAAGACCAGCUUGAGGACUUUCAGCUUCCUAGUGAAAUUGCUGAGGCUUUGUCACAGAAAUCAGUACCUUUUGGCUAUGGAUACGUUCGGUUCUUAGACACAGCUGUUGCCGUUGAAACAUGUGAAGAGCUUUUUACUGCUAUGGCCCCUCAUGCUGAGCUUCAAUUGAAUGGUGUUGAAGUGUUUAUGAAUGCCAGUGGAAGCCACCACCAACUGCGAAAGCUUGAUCUUCGAGUUCAAGCUUUUAUUGGUGCUACUCAUACUAUUGGAGGGGUUUACAUGUACAGUAAUCAGCAAGGAUGUGAUGGUGGUCGGCUUUAUUAUGAUGGAUGUUCUUGCAUUGUUGUCAAUGGAAAUCUGGUUGCUCAAGGCUCACAAUUUUCUUUGAAGGAUGUUGAGGUUGUAGUUGCACAAGUAGAUUUAGAUGCGGUUGCUAGUUUUAGAGGAUCUAUAAGUAGUUUUCAGGAGCAAGCAAGUUCUUCCCGACCCAAAGUUUCAUCAGUAGCAGUACCUGUCAGCCUUUGUCAGCCUUUUAACCUGAAAAUGUCCCUUUCUGGCCCACUUAAGGUUAAGUAUCACUUACCUGAAGAGGAAAUAGCCUUUGGACCCAGUUGCUGGCUAUGGGACUAUUUAAGAAGAAGUGGAGCUUCUGGUUUUUUGCUUCCUCUUUCUGGUGGUGCAGAUAGCUCCUCUGUUGCUGCGAUUGUUGGCUGCAUGUGCCAGCUUGUUGUAAAAGAAAUUGCAGAGGGGGAUGAACAAGUCAAAGCAGAUGCAAUUCGAAUUGGACAGUAUACUGACGGACAAUUUCCCACUGACAGCAAAGAAUUUGCAAAACGCAUUUUUUACACUGUGUUCAUGGGAUCUGAGAAUAGUUCUGAAGCCACAAGACAACGAGCAAAGGUUUUAGCAGAGGAGAUUGGCUCAUGGCAUCUUGAUAUUUGCAUAGAUGGUGUCAUUUCUGCCCUGCUCUCUUUGUUUCAAACUCUCACUGGAAAGAGACCACGCUAUAAGGUAGAUGGGGGAUCAAACAUUGAGAACUUAGGGUUGCAAAACAUUCAAGCUCGAAUCCGAAUGGUGCUUGCCUUUAUGUUAGCAUCACUCAUGCCUUGGGUUCAUAACAAAGCAGGGUUUUACCUAGUUUUGGGUAGUGCCAACGUGGACGAAGCAUUGCGUGGUUACCUGACAAAGUAUGAUUGCAGCUCAGCAGAUAUAAAUCCAAUAGGAGGUAUCAGUAAGCAGGAUCUUCGAGGAUUUCUGCAAUGGGCUGCAGUCCAUCUUGGAUACCCAUCCUUAGCAGAAAUUGAAGCAGCUCCACCCACUGCUGAGCUGGAGCCCAUACGAGCCAACUACAGCCAGUUGGAUGAAGUUGACAUGGGAAUGACAUAUGAGGAACUCUCAGUCUAUGGAAGGUUGCGCAAGAUUUUCCACUGUGGUCCUGUAUCCAUGUUCAAGAAUCUCUGCUACAAAUGGGGUGGAAGAUUGACUCCAUCUGAGGUGGCCGAGAAAGUGAAGCAUUUCUUCAAGUACUAUUCAAUCAACCGACACAAAAUGACUGUGUUAACACCAGCCUAUCAUGCUGAGAGUUAUUCACCUGAAGACAAUAGGUUUGAUCUUCGCCAGUUCCUCUACAAUGCAAGAUGGCCAUAUCAGUUUCGCAAGAUCGACCAACUCGUGAGUGAGCUUGAUGCUGAUGGAGUUACCAUUAAGAAAGAGCUCGGUGGAGGUGGGAUGGGAGUUGUGGCGGCAGGCUCAAGCGAUCCAAAGGCCGGCCUCUAGUUCUCAAGAGUAUAAGAACUGUGAGCUUGCAAGUUUUAGCUCAGCUGGAACGUUUUAUUUAUGCAUUUUUCUUACAUUUUUAGAGAUAGACGACUAAAACACUCAGAAAUAUAACACCCGAAAUUGAAUUCAUUCAUCCGUGUUGUCCUUGGGCAUUAAUUUCUCAGCGGAUGCGAUGUGAACUUAAAAAACAGUUACACAUUGAUAUAAGCCAGCUUGGGAAGGGAUUUCCAAGCAUUAUUAGAACAAACCCAUGUACGAAUGAUGAUGUUGAAUAAUAUUUGAUUCCUCUUCAUUUAUGAAAAUAUUGAUUGGAGUGAAUUUUUAACUUAA